AAUAUUGGCAAUCAAAUUACUGAUACCGCGUUCCUAUCAUACAUAGACUGCUGCCGAUGCCAAGAAUCGAACCAAUCAAUCCAUCCAGAAUCAGUUGUUUAUUGUCGACUCUACGUGACCCUCAAGUGGUUUGAAAACAGAACAUAUUUUAAAAACUUUAGUCUUACCAAAAAGUUUACAGAACUCUCUUGUUUCCACUCUUCGAAAAUGGAGGGAAAAAUUAAAUAUGGCUGCUCGCGUUCUUUAGUGAAGUGUGUUACUAAAUUAAUGAAUCUAGGUUAUUUAUUUUUUAUCACAGUGCAGUUUUAUGAGUGAGUGUCUAAAAGUACAUACCUACCUACAAUCUUGUAUUGUAACUAUUGUGAGUUGUGAGUGGAAUGUGAAUUAUCUAGAGCAAGCUUUGAAAUGGACACAAUUUAAUUCUACUGAUUAAAACAAAUCAAAACUGUACUUAUGAUAUUAUUUCGUGCCGCGACAUGGCCCCUUUGGCUAGGCUUCACAAAUUAAAAAGGAAAUUGUCUUCAGGGAUGAUUCACGUGGACGAGACUGAUCCAGUUGGAGAAAUAGAGCCCCCGUUCCCGUACAGAGAUGUUGUCAUCAAGAGGAACACAGAUGUCAACGACCACUAUGAAAUGCUAUCAGAGAUUGGACGGGGUAAAUUCGGCACAGUCUACCUCUGCCGCGAGCAGUCGACCGGCCUCCAGCUCGCCGCCAAGCUGGUAGCAGUACGCGGACGCGACGAGCGACGUAAUGUGGAGCGAGAGGUGGACGUGAUGAGGCGGCUGCGGCACCCGCGGCUGAUACAGCUGUAUGAUGCCUACGAGUGGGGCAAGUGCAUGUGCGUCGUGCUCGAGCUGAUCACAGGCGGAGAGCUCUUCGAGCGCGUGAUAGACGAGGACUUCGUGCUGACGGAGCGGGCCUGCACGGUGUUCAUGCGGCAGAUCUGCGAGGGCAUCGAGUUCGUGCACCGCCAGAACAUACUGCAUCUGGAUAUGAAGCCAGAGAACAUCCUCUGUUUAACAAAGGCUGGUAACCGGAUAAAGAUCAUAGAUUUUGGUCUGGCCCGGUUCUACGACCCUGAGAAGAAGUUGCAAGUGCUGUUCGGAACUCCCGAGUUUGUGGCCCCAGAGGUGGUCAACUUCGAUCAGAUCGGCUACGGGACAGAUAUGUGGUCUGUCGGCGUUAUCUGUUAUGUUCUAUUAUCAGGCCUAUCACCGUUCAUGGGCGAAACGGACAUAGAGACGAUGGCCAACGUCACGGUCGCUAAAUAUGACUUCGACGACGAAGCUUUCAAUGAGAUCUCCGACGACGCUAAAGACUUCAUCAGGAAACUGCUCGUCAAAGACAAAGAGUCGCGGCCGACCGCGCCCGAGUGUCUGCGGCACGGGUGGCUCGCGCGCCGCCCCCCGCCCCCGCCGCGCCCCGCGCCCCUCCCCUCUCCCAAGCACGAGCUCGACGUGGCCAAAGACAAUCUGAAACUGUUCGUGGAGCGCUGGAGCGAGCACCCCAACUCGCCGUACGUGUUCGACAACCAGGCGCACGAGAUCACCUGCCUCGCGGGGGAGAGGUCGUCCAUCGGCGGCUGCUCGCCGUCCCCGCGCAGCUCGCUCAGCAGCAGCCCCGACUCCGUGCUCACCGAGGACGAGCUGCCCCCGCCCGCGCCCCGCGACCCGCCCCGCUACACCCCCGUCGAGCGCCGCGCCUCCGACAGCUCCUGCUUCCUGCACAAGCGAGCCGACGUGCUCGUCCGGAAGAACCUCGCCGAGGAAAUCAAGAAACUUUCCGACCAUCUGUUUAUGCUCUCCACUAUGAACACCGACCUCGCCAAUAAUAAUAGCACCAAGGAAAUAGACAAGAAUAUUACGGAAACCAAAUCCAUGACAAAGGAGGAGAAGAAGAUACCGAACGGGUUUAAAAAGGAAACGACGACGACAACAACCAAAACCAUGACAAACGGCAACGCCAACCAAACAAACAUCACAACUUCAAAGUCUAGUCAUAAGAUCACGUCUACGUUCUUAACACAAAGGUUACCAGAGAAGCCGAUGACCAGUAAUAUGCCGUGGGCGAAGGCGGCCACGACGCGGGCAAAGAAACUUACCAAUUUGAGCAGAGACGUUCCGGACCAGCCCAAGGAGAGACGAAACAGCUUCUUCGACGAAUUCGACAGAAGAAGAGAGAAAAUCGAUAAACUCGUCAACGGAUCCGAGAACGGUAGACAAAUGCCUUACAGAAGGGGGGAUGAGAACAACGCGCACAGGACAAAGGACCUUCUACUUCACUUGCUAGAAAAGUGGGGGGAGAACGAAGAAGUAGAGGAAAGGUCCGCGGGAGGCACGUCCAAUGGCGGCAGACACCAGUCGAUAUCUCUCGAGUGGUCUCCUUCCAACGAAGUGGCUCAGAACUCUAUGAGUAGCGUCCACGCGUUCUACAAGAGACAAACCUCGGAUGAGAAAACGCACAGAAAUAAAAUCACAUCCACUUUUCAAACUACCAAAUGAUUUUUACUUUUAAAUGUAUCAAUAUAGGACACGAUAAGGAAAAGUUGGGGAUAGCAUGGAUAUUUACAGACAGUGGAAGGCAGUACAAUGAAAUAAAAUCGUGGCGCAGCAAAAUACUGCAGUGGUCAACCAAGUUCUCUUCUAGCUGUUCAUCCUUUUUUCUUUACGGUGUCAGUUUGAAACAGGGACUUAAUACUAAUUUAGUGCCAUGGAGUUGUGUUACCAAAGUAACGAUCAAGUUGAGAUUAAUAAAUAAUUUGUUUUAGAUUAAGAAUACGAAGCUGAAAAUGACAACGUAUAAAAAUGACUCUAGUCGGAAUAACACAAUAAUACACAGUAUUUAAGACUGAAAAUCGUUUGGAAAUCAAAUCACAACUUUUACAUUGACAAUAGUAAUUAACAUUAAGAUUAGUUUCGAAAAUACUUAAACUGUACUUAAUUGAGGUGUCAGAGAGGUGUUCCUUUUCUUUUAGGUUUUAUUAUGUAAUUUAUUGUUAUUAUGUGUACUUAUGUUGAUAAAUAUAAGGCUUUUUAUUUGUAA